UUAAACUAGAUAUAAUUGUAAUAUUGACAUUCUCAUGACAUAAUUUUAUUUCUAUAAAUACGUCUGACAUACUGUGGUUUAGUUUCUUAAAUUUUAAUAAUGGCGAACGAGGCUGAAGAAACCGUACGCAAAUUAUCCGCGCACAAAGGAGUAGUUGGCGUUGUAGUCGUGAAUGGAGAAGGCAUACCCAUCAAGACUACUUUGGACAACCAUAUUUCCGUCCAAUACGCCGGACUUAUGACAGCACUGAUCGACAAAGCGAAGGCUGUGGUCCGCGAUUUGGACCCUAGUAACGAUUUGACCUUUCUCCGCAUACGAAGUAAGAAGAGCGAAGUCAUGGUAGCACCCGACAAAGACUUUAUAUUGAUAGUGGUUCAAAACCCUGUUGAAUGACGAAGGCUUUAUCGCGAGAAGUUGCGAUUUUGUUUAUUUCAUUUUUUUUUAUUCUUAGUAUAUUCACGACUGGCAACUAAUUUAAUACUUGCUGUUUGGUCACUUUAAUAAAAUAAAUUAGUUUUGUUAAAUAAAACACUCAUCUUAA